AUGGCCGAAUCUAAAUUAAAAGAAGCCGUAAAUCGACUAAAAAGCGCUUUUGCAGGAGGCAAAGAAAACAAGCAAUACGAAUAUAUUAAAAAGCUGUCCCCAAACACGGCUAACAAAGGAUCACUCUGGAAAGCUCAUCAAACUAUAAAAACACCUGUUGAAGCAGUGCCUCCUUUAAGAAACUCCAGCGGUAAAUGGGCUCGCAGUGAAGAUGAAAAAGCUAAUAUCGAGGCGCAAUUUGCAGUAGCUGCCAUUACGAGUGACAUCACACAGUUCAACACGGUAGUAGCAGCGAUUGAGUCAAGUGUUAUCGCCGAUGUAAGUGAUGCAGUGCUUCAUCCUCCUGAAACUGGAAGAUACGCUAAUUUAAAGGCUUGCAUCAUAGAGCGGUACAGUGAGAGCGAGCAGCGGAAGAUUCAACGGUUGUUGUCAGAAGUUGAACUUGGUGAUAGACGCCCAACACAGUUGCUAACGGAGUUGACAGCGUUAGCUAAAGACAAGGUGAGCGAUGAGUUCCUUAAGUCUCUUUGGCUGAAGCGUUUGCCACCACAAGUGCGCGCUAUUCUGCAGGCAUCGAAUGUGGCACUAGCAGAACUGGCGAAAUUAGCAGACCGUAUUUGCGAGGCGGGUGAUUUUCAACAGAUAGCUGUAGCGUCAGCCUCUGAUUGUCCAGCCUAUUCUGAGAAUGCUGUGAUUUUACGAAGGCUUGAGCAAAUCGAACAGCGUCUGAGUCGUUUGGAUUUACGUCGUAGUGAGUCGGUGCAAAGUCGAUCGUCAUCGAGGAGACGUAGGCGAACUCGUUCCCGACCAGGAAGUCCAUCCAGAUUGGUGCUGGUAUCACGAAAGGUUUGGUGA